AUGGACAAGAUCCCGCUCAACUACGAGGCGUCCGAGGGCGAUACACACAAGCGCCAGACGAGCACGCUGCCUAUCGAGGUGGUGCAAUGUCUGGAAAAUGCUCGAUUCCUUCACCUGGCGACAUGUACGGAUAACGUGCCCAACGUGUCCCUCAUGAACUACACCUACCUCCCCUCCUCGCCCUACUCGGCUUCUCCCGUCAUCAUCAUGACCACCAAUCCCGCCUCUCGCAAGACGACCAACAUCGUCACGAACCCAAACGUCUCUCUCCUGGUCCACGACUGGGUCUCUCACCGUCCUCCAACCCAAGGCCGCCGUCUCUCCGGCGGAUCCCCCGGGCCCGAAACCCGAUCCAGCCUCGCCGCCCUGCUCCUCAACCUCAACACAUCCGCCAUGUCCAGCAUCAGCGCGACGAUAGGCGGCGCCGCGCGGAUAGCCCCCAUUGGCUCCGCCGAGGAAAAGUUCUACGUCGAGCAGCACCUCGAGAACAACACCUUUGAAGAGGGCGUGCCCCUGUUCCAGCCGGCGACAAAUUCCGAGGGUGGCGAGGGGGACCGCGCCGGAGGGCAUUUCGUGGCCGGCGAGGAGGUGCGCGUCAUUGUGGUCGAUAUUCAGAAUGUGAGAAUCAGUGAUUGGAAGGGAACCGUGAGGGACUGGGAGCUGGUUUCGGAUGCUCCAGUGCUCAAUGGCGGUGCUUGA